GCAUAUGGCCACCCAGCACCCCAUCGGAAAGAAGACCGCAUGUGUCGUCGGCGGCACCGGAUUUGUUGCAUCUUUGCUGGUUAAGCUUUUGCUGCAGAAGGGCUAUGCUGUCAACACCACUGUCAGGGACCCUGACAAUCAGAAAAAAGUCUCUCACCUCCUAGAACUACAGGAGUUGGGUGACCUAAAAAUCUUUCGAGCAGAUCUAACUGACGAAUUGAGCUUUGAGGCCCCUAUAGCAGGUUGCGACUUUGUCUUCCAUGUUGCUACGCCCGUCCACUUUGCUUCUGAAGAUCCAGAGAAUGACAUGAUCAAGCCAGCAGUUCAAGGAGUAGUGAAUGUCAUGAAAGCUUGUACAAGGGCAAAAUCAGUUAAACGAGUCAUUUUGACAUCCUCUGCAGCUGCUGUUACCAUCAAUCAGCUUGAUGGGACAGGUCUGGUUGUGGAUGAGAAGAACUGGACUGAUAUUGAGUUCUUGACUUCCGCGAAGCCACCUACUUGGGGCUAUCCUGCCUCCAAGACACUAGCUGAGAAAGCAGCUUGGAAAUUUGCCGAAGAAAAUAACAUUGAUCUGAUCACUGUCAUCCCUACUCUAAUGGCCGGUUCCUCUCUUACUUCAGAUGUCCCCAGCAGCAUUGGACUUGCAAUGUCCUUGAUUACAGGGAAUGAAUUCCUCAUAAACGGUAUGAAAGGUAUGCAGAUGCUGUCAGGUUCAGUCUCCAUUGCACAUGUGGAAGAUGUUUGCCGGGCACAUAUAUUUGUAGCUGAGAAAGAAUCAGCUUCUGGCCGAUACAUCUGCUGUGCUGCCAAUACCAGUGUUCCUGAGCUAGCAAAGUUCCUGAGCAAAAGAUACCCUCAGUACAAAGUCCCAACUGAUUUUGGAGACUUCCCCUCUAAAUCGAAGUUAAUAAUCUCCUCAGAUAAGCUUGUGAAAGAGGGGUUCAGUUUUAAGUACGGGAUUGAAGAAAUUUAUGAUGAAAGUGUGGAGUAUUUCAAGGCCAAGGGGCUAUUGCAGAAUUGAAGUCUUAAUAGUUUCUAUCUUGGCUAAAA